UUACACUAGUAGCAGUCGUCGGCGUAUCUCGGGCAAUGAGCCAAACGGGAGGAGGACGAAAGCCGGAAACGUUGUGCAGCACCGCCUCCCUCGCUGCCGACAGCGCUUGUCCUUUUUCCUCGAAGCUACACGAAGGCAUCACCUGGAACUACGAAUAUCAACAGAUUUGACGUUCAUCGCCCACUAUUAGGAAUUCAACUGCUCAACUCUGCUUCCCAAAAUGGCCGUGGAGGUGCGAAUACCAAACGGACCCCUCUACAUCGAUAUGGACGGUUUCAGGCUCAGCCGGAACUUCACACUGGAGAUGUACAGAAGCGAUCUCAAGUACCAGCCUCGGCCGGACGACAUGUUUGUGGUCACCUUUCCCAACUGCGGUACCACCUGGACUCAGCACAUAGGGUACCUCAUCUUCCACAAGGGAGUACCCCCGCCCAGCGAGCUCGACUUUCUCAAGAGUAGUCCCUUCCUGGAAAUGCUGGGUGCGGAUGCCAUCAAAGCCAUGAAGCGUCCGGGGCUCAUCAAGACGCACUUGCCGUACGACUUGAUGCCUCAGCACGCUCAGGCAAAGUACCUUUACGUCUGUAGAAAUCCCAAGGACGCCUGCGUCUCUUUCUUCCACCACACACGCGCGUUUGCAGGCUACGAAUUUUCUGAUGGAAGGUUUGAAGACUUUUUUGAAGUAUUUAUGGAGGGAAAAAACGAGUACGAGGAUUAUUUUGAGCACGUCCUUUCCUGGUACUCGCAUCGCAAUGACCCCAACGUGUUGUUCAUCCACUAUGAGGACAUGAAGAAUGACACCAGGAAGGCUGUCCUGGAAAUCGCAGAAUUCCUCGACAAGGAUCAUCACAAGUUACUCGUCGAAAACGAAGAGAUGCUGAGGAACGUGAUCGAGCACAGUGACAUCAAAUCCAUGAAAGUGGCCGCGGUCGAAAACUUUGAGAAGUUUUUUGCAAACCCCCUUGAAGAGGACGACGUUCCAGCUGGACUGAGAGCUUUCCAUGAGGCCGCAAAGCGUCAGCCGAAUGCAGGAUUUAUUCGCAAAGGAAUUGUGGGAGAUUGGAAGCAACACUUCAACGCCGACAUGAACAAAAGGAUGGAAGAAAAAAUUUUAGCUAAGCUUUCUCAGACGGAUCUUAUUGAUAUAUGGAAGAAAUACGGCAUAAUGUGAUUUGGUUGUAUGUUCACUACCUUGCUAUCUUGGUUGCGUCCUGAACUUUAUUUUUUUUAAUUUAUCUUCUAAGAUAUUUGAGGUAUCCGUAAGCUAAUCUAUCGCACAUGAACUGUCAGACUCGUGCACAUACUUGUAUAAAAAGCUUGUCGUAGCGUCGCCUGUAUAAAUAACUCGACCACUAAUCUCGGCAAAAUAUACUAGACCAGGUGGGGCUAUUAAAUAACAGGACUGGUGGCAAAAGUGUAUUUUAUUAUUACGGUCUUAAUACUUAAUUAACAGUUUUAUUUUUCAACGUAUUCCCCUCCCAUAUCUAUGCACUGUGGCAUACGAAGUUUCCAUUGUUGAAAGCGGUGCAGUAGGUCAUCAUAUGUCAAGCUCGUCAGCAGCGCUGGCGUUUCUUCCUUUACCUGGUCCACAGUGCGAAUAUGGAGUCUUUUUAGUGUAGAUUUUACCUCCGGACACAAGUAUCUCACUCCGGGCUAAAUUGGGCUAGUCAGGUGGGUGGCCCAGCGCUAGGAUGUUUUUAUUUGCCAGAAAAUACUUUAUGGAGAGAGCACUGAUGCAGAAUCCACGCGUUGUUUUUACGCAACAUGGGCUUUUUUUCGCAUUUGUUCUCCCAGCUUUGAUAGAACUUCGAUAUAAUGCUGCUGAUUAAUUGUCUGACCAUGUGGUAUCCAUAUACGCAUGAACACUCUAUUAAUGUCAAAUAAAAUAAACAGCAACAUCUUGUAAACUUUGAGAAGGGGAACGAUAAAAAAACGGACGAACACAACAAAACAGCACUGCGUUCACUUUCGACUUGCUCAUUCUUGCCUUUUUAAUAUUAUCGACGCGGGAUCUUUCCAGUUCUUCGGCUGCAUUUUUGGUUUCUGGGUCGUACUGUACUAAAAAAUCCACGUCCCGUCACAUGCGAUGAUAUUUUCCAGUACAUCAGGUUCCGCGGCGAAUAUUUUAGAAAGUCAGUUCAAAUUUGUUCCUGGUCUGCUUUCUGGGUUUCUACUCCUGACGGUGUUUUUGGAAUCAUAUUGGCGCAGACUAGUGCCUGCUCAUUUUGUCAUGUAAAAUAUGCCGUGCAGUUUCUUUAUCAAUAUGUACCGUGUCGGUAAUUACGCGAAUACUUAAUCCACGAUCCUUGCGGGAACUAAUUUGGUUUGUUGUUGUGACAAGGCUACUCUGUCGUUCGUUUUCGCAACGCUUUAUUGUCCCGUGUUAAAUCGUCUCUAUAAUUCAAAUGCUCAACUGUGCGACAUCACAUUGUCGCCGUAUACCUCCUGCAACAGUUACAAACACUCACUCGGCGAUUUGUUUAUAUUUUCAAGGAAUUUGAUGUUGAUCUGCUGCCCUGUUUCAACAUCAGCCAAAUUGUCUCCUUUUUUUUCACGGCUCAUCUAUUCUUAAAAUCGAAACAAAAAAAAAAAAAAAAAAAA